AUGAAUGAUAACAAUUUUUUUGAAGACUUGUACGAAUUACAUUUUGAGGAUUUUUUAAAAAAUUUUAUCAACAUAUUAUUUUCCUCUAAAGAAUAUGGAAAUAAUAAUAACGAUGAUGUAGAUAAAACCCAUAUAUAUGAAAAUAAUAAUUAUAUAUUAAAAAACAAUGACAUAAAAAAGAGCCGCUUAUCUUUUAUAGCAAAUCAUAUUAUAAAUAAUAAAGAAAAUGUAAAAUUAUAUAGAAGAAUAUAUUGGCCUUUAUUAUUAGGUAUAUAUAAAGCAGAAAACUUGGAAGAUUUAGUCAAAGAUAUUCAAAAAAAACGACAUUUAUAUUUACAAGAUAAAGAAGAAUAUAUUAUUAAACCAAUAAACUUAAAUAUUCAAAAAUUAGAUCCACAAAUAUUCCAUCCAUUGUCAUCAGAUGAUAAAAACCCAUGGACAUUAAAACAAAAAAAUCAAGAAUUGAAAGAAGAAAUCAAACAAGAUAUUCUAAGAACAUAUUCUGAAAAAAAAAUUUUCCAAAAUGAAGAAAUUAGAGAUAUAUUAAAUACUAUUUUAUUUAUAUGGGCAAAAAAAAAUCCAGACAUAUCUUAUAAACAAGGAAUGAAUGAAAUACUAGCCAUUUUUUUCAUUGUUAAUUACCGUGAACACCUUCAUAAUAAUAAUAAUUAUUAUGAAUACGAAAAAGAACUGUUUUAUAAAGAAUUCUCUAAUAUUUUUGACAAAGAAUUUAUUGAAGCAGAUACAUACAUCAUAUUUGAUCAUUUUAUGAAUAUGGGAUUAAAAUAUUUAUUUACUUCUAUGGAGGAAAAAAAAAACUCAACAAAUAAAAAUACAUGUAAAACCGUUCUCUUACAUAAAUGUACAUAUAUAUUUCAUAAGUUAUUAAAAAAUUCGGAUAAAUUAUUAUACAACCAUUUAAUAUCAUUAAGUAUUGAGCCACAAAUAUUUCUCCUCCGAUGGAUACGUCUCUUUUAUUGUAGAGAAUUUCCUAUUGACGACACGGUUAUCCUAUGGGAUAACUUUUUUGCAGAUUCCUAUCUUAAAAAUUGCAAUGAACACUUCAACGUCGAUUUUAAAGGCGACAAUAUCGAGAUUGCUCACAUGAUAUGCAGAAUUUUUCCUAUGGUGGAUUAUUUUGCUAUUUCUAUGAUUCUGUUUAUUAGGUCCUUCUUAUUAGAGAGUGAUGAAAAUUAUUGCUUGAAGAGGCUGUUUAAAUACCCUCCUGUAGAAAAUAUAAAAAUUUUAAUCGAUUUGUCCUUUAAAAUCAAACAUAGAAAUGAGAAAAAAGAAAAACAUACAAAAAAAGAAGAACCUCAUAUUAUUCACAAUAAUAAUUUAAUUAAAAAAGAAGAUAUAUUUAAUUCAUCAUUUAACAAUAAUAAUAGUAUAACUGAUGAAUUAAAUAAGCAUAACAUAAACAAUAACAUAAACAAUAAUAAUGAUAUGAAAAACGAAUAUAAGGAUAAACACAACCACCAUUCAAAUGUCCAUAUUUUAUCUUACAACAAGAUAUUACCAAAUGUACAUAAAAUUAAUAACAUAGCUUAUAUAAAUAAAAAACUAUUAAAAGUUAUUCAUAAUUUAAACAAUUUGUAUACAUAUAAUAUGUUAAAUGAACAACAUUAUAAAAUUGAAUUACAACAAAAUAUAUUUAUUCUGAAUGAAAUUUAUAAUGAGCUUAAAGGCAUGCAACACUCAUAUGAUGAUACUGUAUCAGAAAAUAUACAGUUGGAUAAGACGAAUGAUCUACCCUCCAUAUACUUGGGUUGA